AUGUUUGCAGACCACGUCUUCAAACUUUUGUCCCAGAAACAAAAAGCUUCUGUAACAAAGCCUGCAGAAGCCCCACCGGAACGAGUAGGUGACAAAAAAUAUUUCAUGGAUGCUUCUAACAAAAAUCUCACCUUUAUCCCAUCUUCCCUCCUGGAACUUUGGGAACUGGAAGAAGUGCACUUGGAAAAUAACGUGCUCGAGGGAAUUUCUAAAGACAUUCGUAAUCUCACCAACCUGAAGAUUCUCUACCUGAAUAACAACGACAUAAAACUUCUUUGCAAAGAUAUCGGGGAACUGACUAAUCUUCAAAGUCUGGACCUUAGCUACAAUCCCUUGGUUCCCAGCACGUUGCCUGUCCUCUCCCAUCUACGGUCCCUUCGACAGCUCCGGCUUUAUAAAAUCCAAAUGGAGACUUUCCCCAUCCAGAUGUGUAAGUGUCUGCACCACCUGGAAUUGCUGGGACUGUCUCACAACAGGCUGAAGGAGCUGCCCAAAGAAAUCGUCAACCAGACUAAACUGAGAGAGAUCUACCUGCAGGACAACAAAUUCGAAGAUUUUCCCCAGGAGCUCUGCGUCCUUUACAAUCUGGAGAUCGUAGACCUGGAGCAAAACCAGAUCGCUGUCAUCCCCGACGAGAUCAGCGCGCUCACGAAGCUGGAGAAAUUCUUCAUCGCUUCGAAUUGUGUGUCGUAUCUCCCUGACACUCUGGGAAGCUGCAGCAAGCUAACGGUCUUGGAUGUCUCCUAUAACUUGCUGCACAACCUCCCCUCGACCCUCAAAGAACUGACCGAAAUUACGGAGCUGGGUCUUUCGGGGAACUGCCUGGAGAAGGUGCCCAGGCUGAUCUGCAAGUGGACUCUCCUCCAUCUCCUGUACAUGAAGAACACCUGUCUGAAAACCCUGCGCCGCUCCUUCAAACGCCUGCUGAACGUCACGCUCUUAGAUCUGAGUCAGAAUUACUUUGAUUUUUUCCCUCUCGAGGUCUGCUCUCUGAAAAACCUGGAGAUGCUGUCCCUGGAUGACAAUCACAUUUGUCAGGUCCCUCCAGAGGUGUUCAACCUUGUCAAACUGAAGGCCCUUGGUCUAACUGGAAAUAAUUUCACUAUAUUUCCAGAGGAAAUCUUGCUAAUUGAAUCUUUAGAACAACUAUAUCUGGGACAGGACCAAGGAACCAAACUGACCUAUCUCUCAGAAAACAUCCUGAAACUAACGAAUCUGAAAGAGCUAUAUUUUGAGAACAACAGCCUGGAGUAUUUACCUGUGGGCAUAGGUUCACUGAGAACCUUACAACUAUUGGAUCUUCACAACAAUCAGAUUAGGGAGCUUCCAGACUCUAUAUGUCAAUUAAAAGGUUUGAAGACGCUGAUUCUUGAGAACAACCAAUUGUCUGUACUUCCAGAAAGAAUGGAUAGUCUGGAGAGCCUCCAGGUUCUCAACCUCGAAGGAAAUCCCAUGGAAGACCCUUCUGAAGAAGUGUGUAGAAUGGGCAUUCCAGCAAUAUGGGAGUACUUACGGGAAAAAAGAUACAAGAAUUUUAUAGUCACUAAGAUUCAGGCUUGGUACAGAGGAGUAAGAGUGAGGAAGGGCUUGGGGUCAAACGAAGAACUAUUAAAACUGCAAAAGAAGGGAAAGGGAUCUCCCAAAGACAAGCAAAAAAAGAAAGGGGAAAAAGAAAAAGCAGCUGCCAAAGGCAAAAAGAAAUAA